UGGAGUGAUCUGACCACCAGUCGCUGUGGCGGCGACUCCUGCCGCUUUCUCCUCUAUGUGUGUCUCUGUCAUAACACUGGACAGGAUUUUUAUUAUUUUAUUUUAUUUUUUCUAGCCAGGUGGGAACGGACAGCAGGUCACAAUGGGAGGAAAUGGAAGCACGGCGAGGAAAGUGUCAUUCGGACUGGACGAAGACGAGAAGGUCACAGUAAUUGAAGGAGUGAAGCUCUCAGAGGAUGUGCUCCGGCGAAUGAGGGAAUCGGAGGGGUCUGACAGAGCCAAGCCACCGCCGGACAGUCGCAAACUACCACCAAGUCCAAAACCGACAGGACCCUCUGCUACAGAAAUACAGAAAGAACUGCGCAAAGACUUUGAGCGUCAACAGGCCCUCGUGCAGGAGCAGCUAGCCAGGCUGGCCCAGAGGGAGAGAGAGACCUCUGCUGCCACAGGCCAGGACGAGCUGAUGCCCUCCCUCAUCAUAGAGAAAGGAAAGGCCCGUGAAGAGCAAGAAAAGGCUAAGAUACUGGCCAAACAACUGGAGAGGAAAGAGAAGGAACUGGCCAGCAUCUCCAGCUUCUAUAAAGAGCAACUAGAAAUACUGGAGAAAAAGAACUUUGAAAACUACAAGGAGGCGGCUGAACAGUACAACCAGGCAGCCACCAGAGCAGAGGCUCACAUCCGGCCCCGGCAGACUGCGUCUGUGUGCACUGAACUACAGGCCAAGGUUCUCCAAUGCUACAGAGAAAAUCCACAGCAGACCCUGCACUGCUCCGGCCUGGCCAAACAGUACAUGAACUGCGUCCAGCAAGCUAAGAAGAGCUCACUGACGAAUCACGGCUGAGAGACCCAAAGAAAGCAGGAGCAGGAGAAGAAGAAGCGAAGAAGGGGAGAGCAUGUCAAAUCCGUCCAUUUCUCGCCUCCCUCUGUCCCUCUCCUUUCCAUCCAUCCAUCCAUCCAUUUAUUUAGCCACAAUCCCUGAAUAACCCCCUCCUCUUUCCCACUCACGAUCCUUCUUGGUUUUUGAGUGUAUUAUCUUGACUUGUCACUCCAGAGUGUAUGAUGUGUUGAUUUAUUGUCAAGUUGCGCCGGCACACCCCUGCCGCCGCUGAAAUAAAUCCCAGUGAUCCGGUGGUGAUGA